AUCGUGGCCCCAGUCGCUUCGGUGAUUCUCCGGGAGAUUAGGACGGCUCCUGCAGUAGCCCUAGCAGCGCCGUAUAGCGGUGGCGGUGGUGGUGCGCGCGAAAGUAACCGCAGUGCCGCUGCCGCAGCGGCUGCUGCUGCCAGGGGCCCAGGCACUGGCGUGGGUGUUGGUGUGGGUCAGCCCCAGUGCGGUACCCUCAGUGCUGAGGGCAGCUGCUCGGGCAGCGACUCCACCACACCCACACCGCGAGCGGACCUCAGCUUUGCGUUCCAAGUGGCGAGUGGCGGUGGUGUCAGUAGGCCUGGAGGGGAGCACGAUGGCGGCGAUGGCAGCGCGGGGGCUACGGCAGGCGGCGGUGAGGCGUUCUCUCCUAUUGGAGGUGAUGAGGGUGGAGAGCUGUACCCCUCUCACGGUUGCCGCUUUGGGCGUGGGGACUGUGUCGGGCUCAGCGGUGGCGGCGGCGGCAGCAGGGGCGGCGCGGUGGAGUAUGAUGAGGAGUAUGACCUGGAGGAAUUUGAGGAUGAUGAGGAUGAGGGUGAGCUGGAGGAGGGGGCCGGUGGGGCAGGAGAAGAACAAGAACAGGAGGAGGAGGGGGAUGCAGACCCGGACACAGCUCCCAGCAACCGCCUCGGCAACCACCACCACAACCACCACCACAACAACAUCAACAUCAACAGCGAUGGCGACUAUGAUGAGGAGGACGAGGACGAUGAUGAGCUGUGCAGCAACCCCAGCCAUGGCGGUCUGCGUUGGGGCAUCAUAUCCGCGGAGGCCGCCGCAGUCGCCGCUGCCGUGAGUGCGGGUCUGACCUCCAGCUGCAGCACCCAGGAGGCGGCGUUUGAGCUGCGGAGGGGCCUGGGAGGCCACAGGAGGGGCAGCCCCACGGUCGGCUCUCCUCCGUCUUCCUCGCCCUACUACGAUGGCUACAGCGAGUCGGAGGGCGAGGAGGGCCUGGUCCGCCUUCGGGACUCCAUUCAUGGUAUUGCGCCCGCGGCAUCAGCAUCCUGUUCCGCCGUCACCGCCACUUCCGUUGGGGAGCAGCAGCAGCAGCAGCUGACGCCGUCACGCCGCGGUGGGGGGUCUGCAAGGAGCAUGUCUACCUUGCUGACGGCUUCGUAUUCCCCGGUGGCAUCACCGGAGGUGGGAGGCGCCGUUGCCGCUGCUGAUCACCAUCAUCAGUACCAUCAUCAUUCGGCGGGGCUCCUGGCGGCAGGCGGCGGCGGCUGCGGCAGCCUGGGCAGCGGCGGCAGCCCGCUGGGAUGCUAUGGCUGCAGCGGCGGCGGCAGCGGCGGCCUGGGUGGCGGUGUUGGGGGUUGCGGCAGUGCGAGGAGCAGCACCAGUGGCGGCUACAGCGGCUGCGGCAGUCCGGAGACGCCCGACCCGGUGCCAGGCAGCGGGAUGGCGCACCUGCGGUUGGCUCGCCCCAGCCGCAUCGUGGUGCCGUCGUCCUCGCCUCGGAGCUCGACCGCGGGUUGGUCGCUGCCCUCGCCGGUGCCUUCGCCGUACACGCAUGGCGUGGUGGGCGGGAGGACGCCGUCCUCUGGCGGGGUCGUGACGACCUUCUCCCUGCGGAAGCACCUGGACAUGACCGUGUCGAGCAGCCUCUUCCGGGGCUCGGAUUCCGACUCGGAUUCGGAGUUUGGUGGCGUGGCAGCAGCAACGGGGGGCCGCGGCUAUCACCAUGACUAGUCAUGCGGUGUCUACGUCACGGCAUCCGUGUUGUGCCGUCAUCCAUGCUGUGUCGUCUACGUUGUGUACCACUUGUGUGUUGCUGGGGAGACGCAUGUCCCCGAGCUCACGGUAAUGUCCGCUGCUGCGUGGGGACUGCUGCGUGAGGGCUGCUGCGUGGGGACUCGAGAGCUGUUGGCUGCUAGUGAUUCAGAAAGUCUAGCUAGACGGGUUAGACGUUGUGGUGGCACCGUGAAAGGUUUUUGCGGCGUGUGUUGCGCAAGUGAAAUGUUGGCGUGGGGGUUCUUUUGCCUGCCAUUGCGAUGGGUGCGGAUGUGUGUGUUGGAUGUGUUCCGGGGGGUGAUUGCUGGGACGCAGUUUCCGCGUGUGUGUGUGGGGGACAUGUCAUGUGGCAGGAGGUCUGGGGACGGCGGGUGUGAAGAGUCGGGUGCGCCUCUCAUGUUUGCCGCUGCAGACUGCAAACUAGGUCUGUAGCUGAAGGAGAGCGAAUCUGUGCAUGCAGGAUGGGGGGCCUAAUCUACUUGGGUGUGUAAUGCGUAAACUAACUGGAAGGGGACUGAGCAGCAGGGCAGACUGCAGCUGUUGGCGUGUGUAUCGUGCCAAUUCGUACACGGGCAGCUUACACGGCGUGAUCUGGAUUGCAUGCGAGUUGCUACACGGUGCAGGAGGGCUGGAGCCGUACUUGAGGUAUUAAAACCUCGGCGCCUUUCUCGAGAUUUCCUAGGCUCGUAUGAUGUUGGGUUGCUUGGUUGGCAUUAGGUUGGAAUGCCUGUUUUGGUUUUACUGUCCUGUUCUUGUUACAUGUUGGCCGUUGUCAUCCCACCGCGCAGCCCCACGAUACAGUUGGAACGGAUUGGGGGCUGCGCGCGUUGCAUGUACGGUGGUUUCGGCUGUGGUGUGGGAAGAGGGCCCCUGUAAAAACGGAUGGGUAGCA